AUUGUCCAUCAUCAUCCAGAAUCAGAAAGAUUUUGAACAAACUAUUGUACAAUGUAUGCUGUAAAUUAUGUAUGUAUUCUGUCUGAAGUAAGAAUACAGAGAGCAAGAAUGAUACAGUUCUAAGUAACAGCUAUAAGAUCUCUUUGUCAUGUGGUUGUUUUUUACAGAUUUGAGAUCUGGAAAUAGUUUCAUCGGAGGAGUUCAGUUUCUUAUUUUUGUUUUACAGACUUCUACAGCUUCAAUGUUGAGAUCUGAGAAGGGUUGUGCUCGAGUAGACCGCUGUUUCAAUUAGAGGAAGAAAUGGAGAUGGUAAGGAGUUUCAAGAAGGUCAAUAGGAGUUAUCACAGUACUCCAGAUGGAUGGCGUUUGGCAACUUUUGAAGAAGCCUUGAAUGGGCUGGAGAGUAAUAUGGUUCAACAACAUUUAGGCGAGUGGGAGAGCGCGCGUCUGCUGGAUGGUUGGAUAAGUGGUGCUGGUUAUGAUUACGAGAUAGGACAAGAAUUCAGAAGCUGCAUGGGCUACAUGCUCCUCAUUCAAACUCAAACAUCUGCACAGAAUGCAUCUGGUACUCCAUACGCUGAUGUUAAUCUGAGCGAGUUGGGAAAAGAAGUGGCGUUAUUUUUGUGCGUGGAUGAUUGGAAUUUUGAAGUUGUUUACUGGUUGCUCAACUCCUGGUCAAACUCUAUGACCAUGAACCUCGCCCAUGUCAGAGGAGGAAAACUACCAUUCGUCAAUGCCGCGGAUUUUCAAAAGAUGAAUGAAGUGAUAGCUAGGUUAGCGAUAAGCCUCGCGGAGGAGGAAGUUGCUGCGCGUGAAAAGGCAAGAACGACAAAGUAUUCUGGCACAGAUUCAGUCAGAAAGGUAUUAAAAGGUAUGAUCCAACUUAUAAAAGAAGAAGAACAACUCACUGGCUAUAACAUGUGGAAUUUUAUAAUUUCCGGAGUUCAGAGAUAUGAUCUUCCAGAGUCUGUACAGACAGGAGAUGUUGCAGGGGUGUUCUGGAGCUUUGUUUCCGACACAUUUGCGGACCAUGUCGUUGAAACUUGUUCAUUUCUGAGUCUUAAAAAUAUAAGCUUGAUGAAGACAAAUAGAACGAGCGAGAAGAAUUUGAUGAUUGCCACUUCCAUUCUCUUAUAUCUCUCAGCUUAUCGAUCCGAUAUCAUACACGAACCACUCCCGCAUCGUUGCAAGGGUAAUUGCGGUGGAAAUAUUUUGUCCUACGCUGAGAAGGAAGCGGAUGGGGACCCAGAAAAUUUUAGGGAGAUGCUAAAACAUAAUGCAAUGUGGAGGUGCUACGAUGAGACGGGUAGCUAUGGUGUCUUAAACAAGCUUUUAUUCAGUGUAGCAAAAGGUCAAUAUAAUUAUACUCAAGGAAAACGUAUUGCUGUUACUGUAAGAAUGCUAUUGCAAUGCGGCGCUCAACCCGCAGGAUGCCAUGCAAUUGGUAAAUACCGAAAAAAAACUGCUUUACACAACGCUGCGAAAUUUCCCGACGAAGAUGUGAGCAAAGAGGUUGGACAAGCUUUGCUAGGCAGUUGUGAUGAGGAGAGUCGAUAUGACUUUGUGAAUGCUGCAGAUGAGAGAGGGAGGACUGCUCUUCACAGAGCUUCUGAGAAGGGAAACGCAAGUCUCUGUGAACUGCUUGUCGAAUUCAAGACUUCAUUGAAUGCUCAAGACAAAGAAGGUAUGACGCCUCUGCACUAUGCACUUGAAGGAAGAGGGAUGGAUGAAGUUAUAAAUGUGCUUAUCCAAAGUCCGAAGGUCACGGAGUCACUUGAUUUAAAAGACAAAAGAGGACGCACACCCUUAGAUAUAGCUAUUGCUAACAAUAAUUAUCCUUCAACAGCCAAGUUAUUAUCGAAGUCAAAAGACCCAGAAGCUUAUUUUAGUAAAGUGAGUCAUGAACAGCUCCUACGUUACUCUUUACUGGUUGGCUCUACAGAAAUCGUUCAGAAGCUGUAUGUAAAAGAUACAGAGCUGCCAGCUGGUAAUUGUGAUGAAGACGGGAAAACGGCUCUGCAUUUGGCUGCUAUGCGUGAUGAUGAGGAUAGUGCAAACCAAAUUAUUGGAAUUAUUUUAGACAGAUUAAAGCCAGAAACUCAGGAACAAAUUGUAAAGAUGGUCGCUGAAUGCGACAGAAGAGGGAGGACUGUCCUUCAUGAGGCGGCUUUGAAUGGACAUGACAAGCUCUGCGGAUUUCUUCUAGGCAUUACUCCAGAACUGCUAUAUAUGAAAGAUAGAGACCGCCGAAGCCCUUUAUAUGAUUUAGCUAAAGGAAAAUACAAGGGUACAAGUCUAACUACACAAUGGCUGAAUGCAUGGAUGAAGAAAGAUAUGCAUAUGGAGGAUUUAAUAGACCGCAAUGGUCUGACCCCAUUACAUGUUGCUGUUUCACAAGGAAAAGUCAAAGUUGUGGAGACGCUUCUUUCCAGCGAUAAAUUUAGAGAAAAGUAUUUAAGCAGAGGAGAUUUCUUGGCACAAACAGCCCUCCAUAAGGCAGCAAAACGUGGAGACAGAGAUACAGUGGAAGUCCUGUUGAAACAUGGUGCCCACCCUCUCAAAGAACGCGACUACGAUGGCCGAACCGCUCUUCACUAUGCAGUGCAAGCAGAAACGGGAGACAGAGAGAAAUUGGCCGAAGCUCUUUUCACGCGAUGUGAAUCAGAAAAAGAGAAAUCGCUCCUCUUGUGGGCCUCUGCAGCUGGUUUAGGUACUGCUGACCAAAAUCUAAGAGACAACGAUCUACUUCGCAAAGUUCUUAUAGAAAAAAAAAGCCAGACGAAAGAAAUCAAUUUGUUGAGAACGGCUGCUUCUGUGGGAAAUAUAGAAAUGAUGAAAGAACUAAUCAUCAAAGGUUAUGAAAUUGGGGAUAUUCUCAAUAGUGAUUGGAGAAGUGGAUUAGAUAAAGCAAGCCAAGUUAAUGUAACAAGGGUUUCAAAACAAAUUGACAUGAUCAAAGAACAGGGAAAUGACAAACCGGCUAAAUCAGAUAGUCUCGGGAGAUUGGACUAUGCACAGGGUCUUGCUGCAUUAUUUUUGAAUCCUUACAUGGAGCCCCCCAUAGCUGUCGGUAUCACUGGUACUUGGGGUAUGGGAAAAUCUAGCCUCAUGUUCCAGACUGAGCAGAUUUUACUAACAACAGCUGCUCAAAUGGCAUUACUGGAAUCCUCAAAAUUGCGAAGUUUAGCUUUAGAAUUGCCUGGUAUUAAAUCCUAUAAAUUAUCGAGCAAUGGGAGAAGCAAAUGUGAAAACAUUUACAAACAGAUAAAGUAUGGAGAAAGCACUAAUAGAAACUUGAACAAGGAAAAAAUUCAGGAAGAGUUGGAGAAAUUUCUGAACGAGUAUGACCGUAAGUAUCGAAAGGUAUUCAAAUCACUUGCUGCUAUGGACAGUAGUGACAUGUUCGAAACAAACGACCCCCGGCCAAAAGCAGAUUCAUCAGCAAAGGAAAAUGUGCCUGCAGUUUUAACCGUUCAAUAUAAUGCAUGGAAAUAUAGGAACGAUACAGAAGCUUUGGCAGGUAUGGCAGUUGAGAUUACCAAAGAGUUGGAAGGAGUUAUGAGCCAGGCUCAAUGGUUCAGCACAUGUUGCCGAAAUACUUGGAAAAAAAAGAAAUACACUCUAUGGAUUGAAAUAUUCUUUCCCUCUCUCCUCGCACUGGUUUUGGUAAGUUCGUUGACUUGGAUUGCAUGGGUGGUGUUUGACAGUGACAAGUUCAAGCAAUGGGCAAAAGCAAAAUAUGCUUGGCCACCAGCAGCCAUGAUCAUAAUUGUGUGGACUUUAACAAAGUCUGUAAUGAGCAUAUUAAAACCCGUUAGUACUCAACUAAUGCAGUAUGUUUCAUUUCCAGAUCACAGUGAUAAACUGGGUUAUCAAGAAAGAGUAAUCUCAGACAUUACUUUUUUGAAAGCUGAAAUUGGUAAAAAAGCCUACUGGGUGUUCAUUGUCUUUGGCUGGCUCUUCACCGCCUUUACAUGGCUAUGGCACCUAAUUACUGAAUCGUGGGCAACAUCAAUGUUAUUCCAUCGUAGAGACCUUGAGAAAGCCAUAGACGCUCCCAAGCUAACCGCUGCAUCAGGGAGAAAUCUUCGAAUAAUCGUUUUUGUGGACGAUUUGGAUAGAUGUCAGGAAUCUGUGAUCUUGCAGGUUUUAUCAGCCAUUAAUAUUGUAUUGGCAGAGUGUGAAAUCAGCGUGGUAAUGGGAAUGGACAAAAGGCUAAUAGAAAGGGCAAUUAUGAAGAAAUAUGGAGAUGGAAAAACUAAUAGGUCUUUAAAAGCUAGUCAAGAAUUGGCAGACAUGUAUUUACAAAAAAUCAUACAACUGCCACUGGACCUCCCUGACCCUAGCGAGGAACAAUCAAGGAGGUUUUUGAAAGGACAAUUGAGUGUAUUAGAAAAUGAAGAUGAAGUCCCCCACUCCGGCGAUGAAGAAUCCCCUGGCAAUGAAAAAUCAGAUGAUGGGGUCUCAAGCCAGUGUGACAGGGAAACAGAAGUUGAACAACAAAAUGUUGCAGCCGCUGAACCUGGCGAUGAAGAAUCAGAUUGUGGGGGUUCAAUCAGCAGCGACGGGGAAGGAGAAGCUGAACAACAAAAUGCUCCACCCCAGGUCUCAAUAAAUAUGCCGUCUUCAUCAGAAAAAGCAGAAACAGGGGCAAUUGAGCAUACAGAUGACAGAAGCUCAAGCAGGGGUGACGGGGAAAUAAAUGUGCAGUCCGUAUCGGAAAAGAAAUGCCUAAAGUUCCUCAAAUUUCCCGUCAGAAAUAUUGUACACGCCCUUCAAGCUCUACGGAAGGCGAAAACAGAAACGGGUCCUACAAAUUUACCAGAGCCAAUUGAGCCUACAGAUGACAGAGACUCAAGCAUGGGUGACAGGGAAAUAAAUGUACAGUCUGCAUUGGAAAAGAAAUGCCUAAAGUUUCUCAAAUUUGCUGCCAGAAAUAUUGUACAUUCCCUACAAGCUUUAUGGAAGGCGAAAAUAGAAACAGAAACAGUUGAACCCAGCGAAACAGGAAGACAAGAUCCCUCACAAACAGAGGAAGACAAGCUCUCUCACAAACAUACUAGUAUCCGACAAAAUCCCAAUUCAUCAAUUCUUAUAAGAGAAAUGCUGUUCGUGAGAUAUAGCCAAGGAGAAGAGAAUGCCUUUUUCUACUUUCAGGGGUUGGCUACAGACAGCAGGAAACUUCCUCGCGAGUGGAAGCGCCUUCUCAAUUACCACAGAUUGGUCUGGUACAUUUUGUCUCUGAGUAAAGAAGCAAAGAAUGUAGCAGGAUGGCAAGUACAGUUGAUCACCUGGAUUUUUGUUUGCUGGGAAUGGCAAGAAAAUAUGAAUCUUGUCAUAGAGAAGUGGAAAGAAAUUAAGUGGAAAGAUAUUAGUGGUCUGAAAACAUCUGAAUCGAAUGAGCCUUCACUGCUAAUGAUCGUAGAGCAUUUAAUGGAAGAACAUGAGAGAGAGAACCAGAAGAUGACAGCGACUGGCAAGGAAGAAGAUGGACCCAAAAGAACUGAGGGAUUGGGAGAGGCAGGAGGAAGUGUUUCUAAAUUAAAAGACAAAGAAGGAAUUGAAAGUAGGAACACGCAACUAGAAAAAUUGAAUGAAAAAGGUGCAGGCAAGAUACUGGAAAUCACAGAUGGAGAAGGAUAUAUUGCUCGAAGUACAGAUGAUAGUGAAAAAAUGGAGAAGGGUACUUCACAGAAAUUGGUGAAAGACGUUGACAAACUUGAUGCAUUAGAGAAAUCGUUGGCCGAGUUGAAGAAAGAAGUGAAGAAAAUAAAAGAUCCAGCCUCUGAUGAGCUGAAGGAAGAAAUGAAAGAAUUGAUAAAGCAGGUGUCCGAUGAGUUGAAAGAAGAAAUGAAAGAGUUGAAAAAGCAGAUGUCCGAUCAAUUGAAAGAACUGAAAAAGCAUAUGUCUGAUGAGUUCAAGGGAGAAAUGAAAGAGUUGAAAAAGGAGUCUGAUGAGUUGAAGGAAGAAAUGAAAGAACUGAAAAAGCAGGUGUCCGAUGAGUUGAGGAAAGAUAUAAAUGAAAUAAAAGAGCAGAUGGCCAAAAAGAAUGGGCAGAAGCAACCAAAUAUGGAGAACAAAAGAAUUAAGUUGCACAAUUUGGAAAGCUGGCAGAGAAUGAAGUCAACACUAGAGAGAUACGAUGUGUCAAUGGAUGGCAUUCAGGCUUUUCAAAGGUUUAGGUUUUAUUGUAUAGCUGGCUAUCUCCCACGCCCGCCCUUAAAAGAACGGUGAUAUAAUAUUUUCCCUCAAAUUAUUACCCACAAAGUAGUUUAAUCUGUAUAUGUAGCAGUAGCCGUAGCAGUAUACGAGGAAAAAUGAUAUGCGAAGAUAUAAUGAUGUAGGAUGUAAUAACUAUAAGAUUUUGAUUAAAUAACAUGUAUUAAGAUGCAGUUAGAUAUCA